CAGGCGCACAGCGCGCCUUGGUUGUCAAACAUGGCUGAAGUGCCGCCGCUGCUGCUACUGCUGCUGCAGGGAAAAUGCUGAGCCCUCCCGGGCCCGGUGGGCGGCGGCGGCAAGGGCGGCGACGGGCACCUGCUUCCCGGGCGCUGCGGCGGCGGCCAUGGCCCGGCUGGCCGACUACUUCAUCGUAGUAGGCUACGACCACGAGAAGCCAGGGUCAGGAGCAGGUCUGGGGAAAAUAAUCCAAAGAUUUCCACAGAAGGACUGGGAUGAUACUCCUUUUCCACAGGGAAUUGAAUUGUUUUGUCAACCUGGUGGGUGGCAGCUGUCCAGAGAGAGGAAGCAGCCAACAUUUUUUGUGGUGGUCCUGACAGAUAUUGACUCAGAUCGACAUUACUGCUCAUGCCUAACCUUCUAUGAGGCAGAAAUCAAUCUACAGGGAACAAAGAAGGAAGAGAUUGAAGGUGAAGUGGAAGGGUCUGGUUUAAUUCAGCCCGCAGAAGUAUUUGCUCCCAAAAGCCUGGUGUUGGUAUCCAGAUUAGAUUAUCCAGAAAUUUUUAGGGCUUGCCUAGGUUUGAUCUACACUGUAUAUGUGGAUAGUUUGAAUGUCUCCUUGGAAAGUCUCAUUGCAAACCUGUGUGCGUGCCUUGUCCCAGCAGCUGGAGGGUCUCAGAAGCUGUUCUCCUUGGGUGCAGGAGACAGACAGCUGAUCCAGACUCCUUUGCAUGACAGUCUUCCUGUCACAGGCACUAGUGUGGCUCUCCUGUUCCAGCAGUUGGGAAUUCAAAAUGUCCUCAGCCUCUUCUGUGCAGUUCUCACAGAAAAUAAGGUUCUCUUCCAUUCUGCAAGUUUCCAGAGACUUAGUGAUGCUUGCAGAGCCCUGGAAUCUUUAAUGUUUCCUCUUAAAUAUAGUUAUCCUUAUAUUCCCAUUCUCCCGGCUCAGCUACUAGAAGUUCUAAGUUCCCCAACACCUUUCAUUAUUGGAGUACAUUCUAUCUUUAAAACUGAUAUCCAUGAACUUCUUGAUGUAAUCAUAGCAGAUUUGGAUGGAGGCACUAUUAAAAUUCCUGAAUGUAUUCAUCUCUCUUCCCUCCCGGAACCACUUCUACAUCAGACUCAAGCAGCUCUUUCUUUGAUUCUACACCCAGAUUUGGAAGUAGCAGAUCAUGCUUUUCCCCCUCCACGAACAGCUUUAUCCCAUUCAAAAAUGCUGGAUAAAGAAGUACGUGCAGUUUUUCUUAGAUUAUUUGCACAACUUUUCCAAGGAUAUAGAUCAUGCCUACAACUUAUAAGAAUUCAUGCAGAACCGGUAAUACAUUUUCACAAGACAGCUUUCUUGGGGCAGCGUGGUUUGGUUGAGAAUGAUUUCCUCACUAAAGUGCUCAAUGGAAUGGCAUUUGCAGGUUUUGUUUCAGAAAGAGGUCCACCCUAUAGAUCCUGUGAUCUCUUUGAUGAGUUGGUAGCUUUUGAAGUAGAGCGAAUUAAGGUUGAAGAAAAUAACCCAGUGAAGAUAAUAAAGCAUGUCAGAGAACUUGCCGAGCAACUGUUCAAAAAUGAGAAUCCUAACCCUCAUAUGGCAUUCCAGAAAGUUCCACGCCCAACAGAAGGAUCCCACUUGCGAGUUCAUAUUCUGCCUUUCCCAAAAAUUAAUGAAACUCGGGUACAGGAAUUAAUACAGGAAAAUCUUGCUAAGAACCAGAAUGCGCCUCCUGCUUCACGAGUGGAAAAGAAAUGUGUUGUGCCAGCAGGUCCACCUGUUGUCUCCAUAAUGGAUAAGGUGACAACAGUUUUCAACAGUGCACAGAGAUUGGAAGUUGUUAGAAAUUGCAUCUCUUUCAUAUUUGAAAAUAAAACGUUGGAGACUGAAAAGACCCUUCCAGCUGCAUUGAGAGCCCUUAAAGGAAAGGCAGCAAGACAGUGUCUCACUGAUGAGCUGGGUUUGCAUGUCCAGCAAAACAGGGCUAUAUUAGACCACCAACAGUUUGACUACAUAAUAAGGAUGAUGAACUGUACUCUACAGGAUUGUUCAAGUUUAGAAGAAUAUAACAUUGCUGCAGCAUUACUCCCUUUGACCAGUGCUUUCUACAGGAAACUGGCCCCUGGAGUCAGCCAGUUUGCUUAUACCUGUGUGCAGGACCACCCCAUUUGGACGAAUCAGCAAUUUUGGGAGACAACCUUCUACAGUGCAGUGCAGGAACAGGUUCGCUCUCUGUAUCUCUCAGCCAAGGAAGACAAUCAUGCCCCAUAUCUGAAGCAAAAGGAUAAGCUUCCAGAUGACCAAUAUCAGGAAAAGACAGCAAUGGACCUGGCAGCCGAGCAGCUACGCCUUUGGCCUUCUCUGAGCAAAUCAACUCAGCAGGAGCUGGUGCAACGUGAGGAAAGCACUGUCUUCAGUCAGGCCAUUCAUUUUGCAAACCUCAUGGUGAACCUGCUGGUUCCAUUGGAUACAAGUAAGAAUAAGCUCCUAAGAACAUCAGCACCAGGCGACUGGGAGAGUGGAAGCAACAGCAUUGUCACAAACAGUAUUGCAGGAAGUGUAGCUGAGAGCUAUGAUACAGAAAGUGGGUUUGAAGAUUCAGAGAAUAAUGACAUCGCCAAUUCUGUUGUGCGAUUCAUUACCCGAUUUAUUGACAAGGUUUGCACAGAAAGUGGAGUUACUCAGGAUCAUAUCAAGAGCCUUCAUUGCAUGAUACCAGGAAUUGUAGCUAUGCACAUUGAGACCCUAGAAGCAGUACAUCGAGAGAGUAGAAGACUCCCACCGAUACAGAAGCCCAAGAUUCUUAGACCUGCUCUACUGCCAGGAGAAGAAAUCGUCUGUGAAGGUCUUCGAGUCCUGCUAGACCCUGAUGGAAGAGAAGAAGCCACUGGAGGCCUUCUUGGAGGCCCUCAGCUACUGCCAGCAGAAGGAGCCUUAUUCCUCACCACAUACAGAAUUCUGUUCAGAGGGACUCCCCAUGAUCAGCUGGUUGGGGAGCAGACAGUUGUGCGGAGUUUUCCCAUUGCCUCCAUCACCAAGGAGAAGAAGAUUACGAUGCAGAACCAGCUCCAGCAGAACAUGCAAGAGGGACUGCAAAUUACAUCAGCAUCCUUUCAGUUGAUUAAAGUAGCGUUUGAUGAAGAAGUGAGUCCAGAAGUAGUAGAGAUCUUUAAGAAACAGCUGAUGAAGUUCCGUUAUCCUCAGUCCAUUUUCACCACCUUUGCUUUUGCUGCUGGACAAACUACCCCACAAAUAAUUUUACCCAAACAGAAGGAAAAGAACACCUCCUUCCGUAUCUUCUCAAAAACAAUUGUGAAAGGUGCCAAAAGGGCAGGAAAAAUGACAAUUGGGCGGCAGUAUUUAUUGAAGAGGAGGACAGGGACAAUUAUGGAAGAGAGAGUGAAUCGUCCUGGAUGGAAUGAAGAAGAUGAUGUAUCAGUUUCAGAUGAUAGUGAACUCCCCACAAAUACCACUCUGAAGGCCUCAGAGAAGUCUACAAUGGAACAGUUAGUGGAAAAAGCUUGUUUCAGAGACUAUCAGCGUUUAGGUUUGGGAACCAUAAGUGGCAGCUCUUCUCGCUCAAAACCAGAGUAUUUUCGAAUCACUGCCUCCAACAGGAUGUAUUCACUCUGCCGGAGCUAUCCUGGCCUUUUGGUUGUACCUCAAGCUGUACAAGACAGUAGUUUACCAAGAGUCGCCCGCUGCUAUCGACACAAUCGCCUGCCUGUUGUAUGUUGGAAGAAUUCAAAAAGCAGUACCCUGCUUCUCCGAUCUGGAGGAUUCCAUGGGAAGGGAGUGGUUGGUCUUUUCAAAUCUCAGAACUCCCCUCAGGCAGCUCCUACCUCCUCUUUAGAAUCUUCCAGUAGCAUAGAACAAGAAAAAUACUUGCAAGCCUUACUGAAUGCAGUUUCUGUCCAACAGAAACUCAGUGGCAAUAACACCCUUACUGUCAGACCAGCACUUGCUCUGUCUCCAGGGACUGAAAGGAGGACUUCAAGAAUGUCCACUGUGCUUAAGCAGGUAGUGCCAGGACAUUUGGAUGUAAACCCAUCCAAUAGCUUUGCUCGAGGAGUGCAUGGGUACAGAGAUAAAUGUUUUAUUCAGUCAAACCCCAAAUCUUCAACUAAGGGAAGAAUCCAUAAUCAAGGUGUUUGGGCAAGUCUUCGCUCUAGCACUCGCCUCAUCAGCUCUCCAACAUCUUUCAUUGAUGUUGGCGCCCGGCUGGCAGGCAGGGACCACUCGGCCUCCUUUAGUAACAGCACCUACCUGCAAAACCAGCUCUUGAAACGCCAAACGGCCCUUUAUAUAUUUGGUGAAAAGUCGCAACUAAGGAACUUCAAGUUAGAAUUUGCUUUAAAUUGUGAGUUUGUUCCUGUUGAAUUUCAUGACAUCCGACAAGUAAAAGCCAGUUUUAAAAAAUUGAUGAGGGCUUGUGUUCCAAGCACCAUCCCUACUGACUCAGAAGUGACCUUCCUGAAAGCCCUGGGAGAUUCUGAGUGGUUCCCACAGCUUCACAGGAUAAUGCAGCUGGCUGUGGUUAUAUCAGAAGUACUUGAGAAUGGUUCCUCAGUUUUGGUCUGUUUGGAGGAAGGCUGGGACAUCACUGCACAAGUGACAUCCUUGGUUCAGUUACUCAGUGAUCCCUUUUAUAGGACACUUGAAGGCUUCCGGAUGUUGGUGGAAAAAGAGUGGCUCUCUUUUGGUCAUAAAUUUAGUCAGCGGAGCAGCUUGACUCUCAACUGUCAGGGUAGUGGUUUUACUCCCAUAUUCCUGCAGUUCUUAGACUGUGUACACCAGGUUCACAACCAGUAUCCAACUGAGUUUGAAUUCAAUCUCUAUUACUUGAAGUUCUUGGCUUUCCACUAUGUGUCUAAUCGCUUUAAAACAUUUCUCCUGGAUUCAGACUAUGAAAGAUUAGAGCAUGGAACGUUGUUUGAUGAUAAAGGAGACAAGCAUGCCAAAAAAGGAAUUUGUAUUUGGGAGUGUAUUGAUAGAAUGCACAAGAGGAGUCCCAUUUUCUUUAAUUAUUUAUAUUCACCAAUGGAAAUAGAGGCCCUGAAGCCCAGUGUAAAUGUCUCCAGCCUCAAGAAGUGGGAUUACUACACAGAGGAGACCCUUUCCACAGGCCCUUCAUAUGACUGGAUGAUGCUAACCCCCAAGCACUUCCCCUCCGAGGACUCUGAAGUGGCUGGAGGAGCUGGCCCCCAGAGCCGGAGGAGAACAGUGUGGCCCUGCUAUGAUGAUAUCAGCUGUGCUCAGCCCGAUGCUCUCACCAGCCUUUUCAGUGAAAUUGAAAGAUUGGAGCAUAAAUUGAACCAAACCUCUGAGAAGUGGCAGCAGCUGUGGGAAAGAGUAACUGUGGACCUUAAAGAAGAGCCCAGAACAGACCGUCCCCAGAGACACCCUUCAGGCUCCCCAGGAAUUGUGUCUACCAACCUACCUUCCUAUCAGAAGAGGUCUCUGCUGCACCUGCCAGACAGCAGCACGGGGGAGGAGCAGAGUGCCAGCAUCUCCCCAUCCAAUGGAGUGGACCGGAGAGCGGCCACACUGUACAGCCAGUACACAACCAAGAAUGACGAGAACAGGUCCUUCGAAGGAACACUUUACAAAAGAGGGGCUCUGCUGAAAGGUUGGAAGCCCCGUUGGUUCGUGUUGGAUGUAACAAAACAUCAGCUGCGAUACUAUGACUCAGGUGAGGACACAAGCUGUAAAGGCCACAUUGAUCUGGCUGAAGUAGAAAUGGUCAUCCCUGCUGGCCCUAGCAUGGGAGCCCCAAAGCACACGAGUGACAAGGCUUUCUUUGAUCUCAAGACCAGCAAACGUGUGUAUAACUUCUGUGCCCAGGAUGGACAGAGUGCCCAGCAGUGGAUGGACAGGAUCCAGAGCUGUAUCUCUGACGCCUGAUGCCCAUGGUCAACCCAAGCAAAAAGAGAGAGGAAAGCCUCGUGCUGUCAGAUAGAAUAAAGUACAUGAAUCCUU